AUGACCACACGCCACGAGCAAGCAGAGAUAUCAGAAAAGCCGGCUACAAGUCCAGUGCCAUCAUACAAUGGCACUGUCACUGAGAAGCCGGAUCCAGCGACCACAGCACUAGCCGUACCGCCCACCGACAAUGCUGAGCUGCAGUCAUUCUAUACAGAAUUCGCAACAAAAGAUGCAGAAUGGCGCAAAUCUUUCGAAAAAGCGCUGGUGUGGAAAAUCGACAUUCGUCUGUUGCCUCUGCUGGUCAUCAUGUAUUUGAACAAUUUUCUCGACAGAUCUGCGCUCGCUCAAGCUCGCCUCGGGACACUAGAGGAAGAUCUCAACAUGACUGGGACGGACUUCAACCUGGCAACAUCAAUUCUCUUCGUUGGCUACUUGACGAUGCAACUGCCCAGUAAUCUGCUCAUCACGCGUGUCCGGCCCUCGUGGUACCUAGGCAUUGUCAUGGCCGUCUGGGGCAUCAUAUGUGCUCUAGCGGCAGUGGUGCAGAAUUUUACAGGACUUCUUGUUAUUAGAAUCUUCCUCGGAAUAGCUGAGGCGCCAUUCUUCCCUGGAGCAAUUUUCUUGAUGAGCUGUUGGUAUAACAGAGCAGAAUUGACUGCGAGAGUCGCGUGGUUCUAUAGUGGAGUUUCACUCGCGAACAUGUUUGGAGGCCUUAUCGGAGCUGGAGUGCUGGGCAACAUGGAAGGCGCCUUGGGCAUCGCUGGAUGGCGUUGGCUCUUCAUUAUCUCGGGUGCAAUUACUGUGUUUUUUGCCAUCAUCUGUAUAUUCAUCUUGCCCGACUUUCCAGCAACAACAAAAUGGUUGACACCCGAAGAGAAGGCGUUCUCCCAGUGGCGCAUGGCUCUCGACGCCAGUGAAGACGACGAUAACGAAUCGACCUCGCUCUGGACUGGACUGAAGCUGGCCUGCUUGGAUUACCGGCUAUACAUCUUCCUCUUGCUCCAGCACAUGUCAACACUGAGCAUGACGUUCCAAUACUUUUUCCCUUCGAUCAUCCAAACUCUUGGUUUUGGAAAUAUAGCGACACUGCUCAUUACGGCACCGGUCUGGUUCGUGGCCUUUCUUGCCUCUGUCAUCACGACGUGGACAGCAGCUCGCACUGGAGAUCGACAUAUCCACAUCAUCUGUCUGCUCUUAGUCUCAUGCGUUGGAAAUGCCAUCGUGACUGGCACUCUGAACACUGGUGCCCGAUUCUUCGCAAUGUUUUUGAUGCCGCUUGGAGCCGUGCCAGCCUUCACCAUCAUCGUGGCAUGGGUGGCCAACUCAUUCAUCCGCCCAACAGUCAAAAGAUCCGCGGCCAUUGCGAUUUGUAACACCAUGGGCAAUGCUGCAACAAUAUAUGGUGCAUACAUGUACCCUGCAAGCGAUGGUCCACGGUAUAUUCCAGGUGGCGCCUCUACGGCCAUAAUUUGCUUGAUUGUGGCGCUGCUCGCUUUCAUCUUGAGACUGGUGCAUAUCAAAGAGAACAAGAAGCUUGAGCGGAUUGAGAGCGAGGGAGCUGUAAAUCUUGCCGAGGGAGAACGUCGAGGACAGGGAUUCCGAUAUGUAUACUGA